AUCGAACUCAUCCUUACCAAAGUCUGCAAUAUAAAUACCGCCUAUCCGUCGAAGACAGCCAUCUCAUCUCAUACCAAAUCAAAGCGAUCAGUUCAAUCACAAACAAAGCAAUUUACUGCUGCCUAUAGCAAUCAAUCAUCCUGCAAGCAAAUUCAUCAAUUUUUGAGUGAAACCCUUUUCAUCAAAUUCUAAGUUAGAAAACCAAAAAUGUCGAUCAUCCCAAGUUUCUUCGGCAACCAAAGGUCGAACGUUUUUGAUCCAUUUUCUCUUGAUAUUUGGGAUCCUUUCCAAGGUGGUUCUGAUGCUGCAAGGGAGACAUCGCAAUUAGCAAACACAAGGAUCGAUUGGAAAGAAACCCCAGAAGCUCAUAUUUUCAAAGCUGAUCUUCCUGGUGUUCUAAAGGAGGAAGUGAAAGUUGAAGUUGAAGAAGGGAGAGUGCUUCAGAUAAGCGGAGAAAGAAGCAGAGAAAGUGAAGAGAAGAAUGAUAAGUGGCAUAGAGUUGAACGGAGCAGUGGUAAGUUCUUGAGGAGAUUUAGAUUGCCUGAGAACGCUAAAAUGGAGGAAGUGAAAGCUACUAUGGAGAAUGGAGUUCUUACUAUUUGUGUUCCCAAGGUUGAACAGAAGAAGCCUGAAGUCAAGUCCAUUGAAAUUUCCGGCUCAUCGGCUGCCUGAUAUGAUUAUCAUGAUCGGGAAUGUGAAGUGCCUAAGUUGCCUUGUUAGUACUUUUAAAUUAUGUUGCUAUUGUGAGUUAUUAUGUUACUAGUAUGAGUUAGCUACAUGUUGGUAUGUUCUUGCUUUCAGAGGUUGUAUGUGCUGUGUGUCAAAGUGGUCGAGUCAAGUAUGCUAUGUUAAUAAAAUGCUGCUUUCAUUCAUUUUUUCCGCGCCA